AGGCAGCCAACAUCACUACAGAAAUCACUUUGAACACAGAGGGGGUGGAGUGGGGCUGGAACUGUGCGAGUUUCAUGUUUUUUGAACAAUGCGUUAUACACAGAAUGGGGCCAGCUCAGCAACUCUCUGAACACAAGGCGAAGUGAGUCACUCUCUGCUGUGGUGGUUUUUGAACGGAGACGAUGCCUCCCACAGCCAGAGGGCCACAGGGUUACACGCCCCCGGAUGGAGGGUGGGGUUGGGCCGUAGUGCUGGCCUCCUUCGUUUCCAUCGGAUUCUCCUACGCUUUUCCCAAAGCUAUCACUGUCUUCUUUAAGGAAAUUAAGGACAUCUUUCAAUCCACGGACAGCCAGGUCUCUUGGAUCUCCUCCAUAAUGCUGGCAGUGAUGUAUGCUGGAGGUCCCGUCAGCAGUAUCCUGGUGAACAGGUAUGGCAGCCGGCCUGUGGUGCUACUGGGUGGACUGCUGGCUAGCUCAGGAAUGAUCAUUGCCUCAUUCUGCAGGAGCAUCGUGGAGCUUUAUUUCUGUAUAGGAGUCAUCGGGGGGCUGGGACUCGCCUUCAAUCUGCAGCCAGCCCUGACCAUGAUCGGGAAGUAUUUCUACAAGAAGCGUCCAUUGGCCAAUGGGCUAGCAAUGGCGGGAAGUCCAGUUAUUCUCAGCACAUUAGCCCCUCUUAACCAGUACCUCUUUGACAAUUACUCAUGGAGGGGGGGCUUCCUGAUCCUGGGGGGCAUCUUACUCAACUGCUGUGUGGCUGGAGCCCUCAUGCGUCCCAUAGGCCAUCAGUGGAGCAGUGAAUCCAAACAGCCAAUGGAUGAUCAGGGAGAGGCUGACGUGAACUCUGACCUCAAGACUGGCAAACCCAAAGCAAAGCUCAGCAUUUUCCAAACCAUCAGCAAGUACUUGGACUUGUCACUCUUCAAACACAGAGGUUUCCUGAUCUACCUGUUUGGCAAUGUCAUCAUGUUCUUUGGCCUGUUCGCACCCCUGGUCUACUUGUCCACUUAUGCCAAGCAUAUGGAAAUCGAUGAGUACAAAGCAGCCUUCCUCCUGUCCAUCCUGGCCUUUGUGGACAUGUUUGCUCGGCCAUCCAUGGGGCUUCUGGCCAACACCAAGUGGGUGAGGCCCAAGAUCCAGUACUUUUUCUCCUUCUCCGUCCUCUACAAUGGCAUCUGCCACAUCAUGAUGCCGUUGGCAACUAAUUAUACCGGCCUGGUCAUCUACACCAUCUUCUUUGGGUUUGCCUUUGGCAUGUUGAGCUCCGUCCUAUUUGAAACCUUGAUGGAUAUGGUCGGUGCACAGAGGUUCUCCAGCGCAGUGGGACUGGUCACCAUAGUGGAGUGUUGUCCUGUAUUGCUGGGACCUCCGCUGUUGGGUUUGCUGAAGGACGCGUACAAUGAUUUCCGCUAUGUGUAUUUUGCGUGCGGAGCGGUGUUGAUCUUUGCGAGUAUCUUCCUGUUCAUUGGCAAUGCAAUCAAUUAUCAUCUCCUGAGGAAGGAGAAGCAAGAAGAAGGAGACAAAUCAAAACAUGAGGCAACAAUCGAUUUGAACGAAACCAAACAUGAUAAUUCAUCCACCGGGCAAAAAUACCAUGGGGCUGAGGAGCAGGACGUGGAUGUUUAAGGCUGGGAGGGGCAAUGGUUUGGUUCAUUUUACGAUUCUGACCGGUCUUCCAUUUCACUCUAUCACACAGAUAUAUCUGGGGAGGUGCAGUGAGAGAUCGAUGGAGUGUUAAUUCUGGGGAAUAUCUGUCAUGGGGCCAUAAUCAGUGUAGUCUUUGCCCCUCCCUCCAACUAACAACCUCCACUCAACCCUCAUGUGCCUCCAAUCCGAUUGAGUGCAACCUCCAUUCACCUGGAGUUGCCAAUGGAUCUCCAUUGACCAUUCGGAGCAGUCAAAAGAAAAUAUUUCACAGGGGCAUUGAAUAAUUCUACAUUUUUAUUCUAUACUUUUAACAUUUUGGUUUUUAUGAGUGCUUAAAAAUAUUGGAGAUGAAUGGAUAUAUUUGAGUGCGCUGGACACAGUUGAUCACGAGCAUGAUUAAUCUGAAUUGGCAACCCUAAUUCAUCACCAUUUUGAGUGGGAUGAGAGUAAGCUGGGAGUUCCUCUCAUUGUAGGAGGCCUCACUGGGAGGACUUGAAAGAUUCUGGUUAAUCCAAUGGUCCCAUAUCCUUGUGAUAUUUUAGGUAGCACAAUGAGGAGACAAUUCUUCACUCAAAGGGUCGUGAGGCUUUGUAGUUCUGUACCGCUGAGGGUUGUGGUUCCCCAGGUUUGAUGAGACUGGGAUGUUAAAGAGGUCACCUCCAUGGAGAAGGGAAACGACUGUUACAACAGACAGGCAGAUCUGCUUAGUGAUUAGAAUUCAAUCCAAUCAUGGGAAUUGUUUCUAAUUAAUUGAGAUCCUUGCUCUUAUCAACUAGAACAAAAAAAGAACUCGCUGGAGAAACUCAGAGGUCUGUCAGCAUCUGUGGAGAGAAAACAGUUAACAUUUCAAGUCCAGUGAAUUUUCUUCAAAACCAGUAUUUCAGACAUGACAAUCAAUGUUGAUUUGUUUUUUUGUUCUCCAAGUUCUGGGAUUCAAAAUGUUAACUCGGUUUCUCUUCCCACAGAUGCUGCUGGACCUGCUGAGUUUCUCCAGCAGAGUCUGUUUUUGUCUAAGCUUGCCAGCGAUUCUCUGUUUUAUUUUAGUCCUUAUCACCUAGGGUUAGGUUGAGUGUCACCGACUCAGUGAAAGAUGUGAAUGAAUUAAUUGGGUUUCUUGAGUAGGAUUUUCUUGAUGCUCUCCUACAGGUUAUUGAUUUCUGGAGUUCACUCUUUGUUGUAGCGGGACUUGUACUUAAAACCUUACAAUUUGAGGGCAUCGCUAGAACCAUCAGGUGAUGUGCAAUUUACAGCAUGGAAACAGGCCAUUCAGCCCAACUGGUCUGUGCUGAUGUUUCUACUGCACAUGAUCCUUCUCCCUCCCUUCAUCUCACCUGACCAACAUUUCUGCCUACAUCGUUCUCCCUCACAUGUUUAACCAGCUUCCCAUCACUUGCGUUUCUACUCCUUGUCCCCUACAUUUUCCCCAUUCUCUUCAGUAAAGAUGUUUCUCCUGCAUUUCUCGUUGGACUUAUUAGUGGUUAUUCAAUUCAUAGCUCCUGGUUUUGAUCUCCUUUACAAAUGGAACUAUCUUCGAUAACUUUUCUCUUAUUGGGUCUUCUACAGAUGGAAAGAGAUAUCUUUAACAAGAUAAAGUGCCAUCCAUGUUCAGCCCUCCCUAAGGGGCAGGACAGUGGCUCAGUGGUUAGUACUGCUGCCUCACAGCACCAGGAAUCUGAGUUCAAUUCCUGCCUCAGGCGAGUGUCUGUGUGGAUUUUGCACAUUCUCCCCGUGUCUGUGUAGGUUUCCUCUGGGUGCUCUGGUUUCCUCCCACAAUCCAAAGAUGUGCAGGUUAGGUGGGGUGACCAUGCUAAAUUGCCUUGUAGUGAUCUGGGGUGUGUAGGCUAGGUGGGUUAGCCUGAUAAAUUCAGGUUUAGAAAUAUGGGGCAGUAGGUCUGGGUGGAUUGCUGUUCAGAGGGUCAGUGUGGACUUGAUGGGAUGAAUGGCCUGCUUCCAUGCAUUAGGGAUUCUAUGAUUCAUGAUUAGAACAUCGAGUUUUGACAUCACCUUUUUUGUACCUUCUCCAGUACCCCAUACCCCUUCUGUAAUAUGGAGAUCAGAAAUGUCCACAGUUCAAGUGUGACCUGACUGAGCUUUUGUACAAGUUUAAUGUAACUUCCCUGCUCUUAUAUCAGAGCAUAAGCCCAAUACCGUCCCUCCAGAAAUGAACCCACUGCUUGAUUUUUUAUAUUUUAUUGCCUCAUUAUUGUAUUCACUGGGCUGUUUAAAAAUCUAGCUUUGGUCACAAUCAAUAAUUGAGUAAAAGUGACUGUGAAUCAGUCAGAUUGUCAUAAAUAAGAUUCCUUUAGGGAAGGAUAUCUGCCAUCCUUACCAGGUCUGAGCCUGUACAGGACUCCAAUCUUCCACAUGGUUAACCCUUAGCAGCCUCUGAGAUAAACCAACAAUGACAAUCAAUCCUAUCUAAGGAAGGUUCAUUAACAUCUCAUUAGGGCAACAACCAGUGGAUAAGACAUGUCAUUGAUGCACAUUACAAGAGUAAAGCUGUGCACCCAGGGCUGAAGGACACACUGGUCAGCGCAGGUUAAGGGAAACAUCUCCGGUUUAUCUUUCAUGGCACGACAGAAUGUUACAAGGAGGUUGGAGCACACACUUCCCUUUCCAUCAUUCCACUUCCCAUUUGUGGGAUACAAGAAGCCUCAUGAGAUUAGGAGCUAGUUGUCUUAUCCAACUCCUACUAAAACGAUGGGUAACCUGCCUCACCUACUCAGGAGCUAUCUGGAGCUUGCACAUUAUCUGGGAUCUCCCCUUCCCACACUCUGUCUGGGAAGGUGAUGUGUGAUUUGAUGAUAAACAGGACUCCUGUUUUCUUUUCAAGUAUGGAAGCAUGAAUAAGGAUAUUGUUGCAGCCAGUAUUUACCACCCUGUCCCCAAGGAGCUGUCAGUAUUUCAUAGAAUCCAUUUAGAAAGCCAUUCGGCCCAUCCUGCUUGUAAUGGCAUUUACUCUCAUUUCCAGAGUAUAGCCCAGUCUGUCCAUCAAUACAAGGUGGUGCUGAGGGUGCUCCAAGCUGCCAGAUGAUUGGAUACUCUACAGGGCUCUAUACAUUUAUGAGGGAUGUACAUUUACUACCUCUUUCUCGGAAUCCAAACCAUUCCUUUGAGGAUGUGGAUUUAAUGGUAAACAAGUCAUUUUGACAAUCCAUUGUACUAUCUGUCCGAUAUUUCAGUAUGACAAUCAAUGUAGAUUUAUUUUUUGUUCUCACCUUUAUAAAGCAGAAAUUGAAAUAUAAAAAUGAUGAAAGUGA